AUGCAGACUCCUGCAUCGACACGACCGGCAGUAACAAUAAUACAUCCCCCCCCCGCGUCCAAGUCGAUCCAAGUCGAUUCGAGUCACCACCAAGUCGAUACACCACCAAGUCGAUACACCCAAGUCGAUACACCACCAAGUCGAUACACCACCAAGUCGAUACACCACCAGUCGAUACAAGUCGAUACACCACCAAGUCGAUCACCAAGUCGAUACACCACCAAGUCGAUUCACCACCAAAGUCGAUCAAAGUCCACCACCAAGUCGAUACACCACAAAGUCGAUUCACCACCAAGUCGAUACACCACAAGAUACACCACCAAGUCGAUAGUCGAUUCACCACCAAGUCGAUACAAGUCGAUUCACCCACCAAUCGAUACACCACCAAGUCCACCACCAAGUCGAUUCACCACCAAGUCGAUACACCACCAAGUCGAUACACCACCAAGUCGAUACACCACCAAGUCGAUACACCACCAAGUCGAUACACCACCAAGUCGAUACACCACCAAGUCGAUACACCACCAAGUCGAUACACCACCAAGUCGAUACACCACAAGUCGAUUCACCACCAAGUUCGAUACACCACCAAGUCGAUUCACCACCAAGUCGAUACACCACCAAGUCGAUACACCACCAAGUCGAUUCACCACCAAGUCGAUACACCACCAAGUCGAUCACCAAGUCGAUACACCACCAAGUCGAUUCGAAGUCGAUACACCACCAAGUCGUCGAUUCACCACCAAGUCGAUACACCACACAACGAUACACCAAGUCGAUUCACCACCAAGUCGAUACACCACAAAGUCGAUACACCACCAAGUCGAUUCACCACCUUUAAUGAUCGAGGGCGACCGUACUGUAUCAAGCGCGAAUGCAUCUCCCGAGGAGGAGGAGGCGGCGAAUGUAGAGAUGGCGCACGCGAUGAUAGUGAAAACAGCCUUUGUGAUGGUGACUGUGGUGUUGUGGGUUCCUGAGGGGUGUGGCAGCCCCCUCCCCGUGCGGGUGUCGCCCAACGCCUCUCACAAAGAGCGGUUGGAGGCCGCGAGGGCGCUGCUGAAGGAGUCUCCCCUCAUCGAUGGGAAACAGUUAUCCAAAUGGGUCUAA